AACGUUUAGCAUUUUAUUCAUUAGCGGGAAAUCUUGUUCUUUUCCUGACAUCAGAUAAUAUUCAUUGGACACCUCUUCAUAGUGUCAUUGCUUCAUUUAUAUUCCUUGGUACAAGUUAUAUAUCUGCACUUGUAUUUGCUUGGAUAAGUGAUGGAAAAUUAGGUCGUGCAAAAACUAUCAUUAUUGGUUUUAUUUUGUAUAUUAUUGGUUAUAUCUUUAUCUCAUUAUUUUCCGAUAAUGAUCAAUAUAAAUUAUAUAGUAUAUUUUGUGGUACUGCUAAUUCAACGACAUCUGAAACAAUUGAAUUUUUUCAAGAAGAAUGUCUUCCUCAAGUUCUUUCUACAUUAGUUUUUACUGCAAUUGGUGUUGGUGCAGUACAAGCUAAUAUGGCUGUAUUUGGUGCUGAACAAGUUCGAGAACAGAAAGCAACAACACAAUAUUUUGAUAAAUAUUAUGCUGCUGUUAAUACAGGUGGUCUUAUUGCAUUUGCAUUUAUUGCAUAUGGACAACAAAAUGAUAGUUAUUUUAUUGGUUAUAUUAUUCCAACAGUAUUACUUAUAAUAGCUUUAAUAUUAUUUUUAAUUGGUUAUAAAUUUUGUAUUCAUGUUCAACCACAUGAUUCAGUAAUUAGUAAUUUUCUUCCUGUUUUAAUUAAUGCUUUUCAAAAUUGGAGAAAACAUCGACGAAAUAAUCAAAUAUUAUCUUCUACUCGACGAUAUUCAAAUUCAUCAAAUUUAUCAGAAAAUCGAAUUGAUAAUAGUGAUCAAUUAUCAUUAACAACAAGUGGACAAUCAUGGUCAUUUUUAGAUUAUGCAAAAAUAUCUAAUCAAGGAAAAUUUCUUGAUCGUGUAGUAGAGGAUAUUAAAUCACUUCGACGUAUUAUUAUUGUUUUUCUUCUUUUAAUACCAUAUUGGCUUCUAUAUUUUCAAAUUGAAACAACUUUUCUUGUACAAGGUGUACAUAUGAAAGUCAUCAAAUUCUUUCGUACAGACAGAGGCGAUCAUUAUAUGCCUGUUAUUUGGCUUUCACUUGGUGAUCAAAUGAUUAUUAUUCUUGCAAUCUUUUUUCUCAAUACAUUCGUUUAUAAACGUCUUGAAGCAAGUGGACGAUCCAUUUCAAUUAGAACUCGUAUUAUAAUUGGUAUGAUUUCAGCAACUAUUGCUAUGUGUAUGGCAGGUACUGUUGAAUUAUUUCGUCAAAAAUUAUGUGAUUCACAACCAACUAUUUCACAAUUUAUCGGCAAGACAAAUUAUACUGCUGCUGAUAUGUCUAUAUUUUAUCAAUUUCCACAGUAUAUUGGUGUAGGUUUAUCUGAAGUAUUUACUUCAGUUGCUAGUCUAGAAUUUGCAUAUUUGGCUGCACCACGAUCUGCACAAUCUUUGAUUAUGAGUCUACGAUUUUGUUCAGCUGGUCUUUCAUCAUUUUUUGGUUCUGCAUAUAUUGGUAUAUUUGUAAAAGUUAAAGAAAAUCUUACUUUCGAUAAUUCAGACUGUAAAGCUCAAAACCAACCAGAUUUAUUUUAUAUCUAUUUCUUCGUUCUUGCUGGUUUUCAAUUAGUAUUCAUUUUAAUAUUUAUUGGUUGUGAACAAAAAUUUAAAAUACUUAAAGUAUCAAAACAACGAUUUAAUACACGAUUAUUUGUAGCACCAAAGUCUCAUUCAUCGACUGCUUAA